UGGAACUUGAAUUUUUGGGAUAAUGUUAGUACUUUAGUUGGUGAAGUUGAACAACCUCAAAAGACAUUUCCUAAAGCACUUUUUUCAGCUGGGAUUGUUACAUGUUUUAGUUAUGUUUUGCCACUUUUGGGUACUACUGGUGCUGUUCCAUUGGAGCAAAGUAAAUGGACUGCUGGGACUCACACAGCUGAUUUCUUUUAGGAUAUUACUUUUGUCUAUUGUGACUGAAUUAUUGGGAAACGCUGUUUUUUUAGUAGUGCCAUGGCUGCCUUGAAGAACUUGAUGGAGUAGUUUUUGAAAAUAUUUUACUAUUGGUGGUGUCAUGUCCACCAGCUUCUUGCUUUCUUGAAUUCAUGAUCAACUUGAUUUCGUCAUCAUUGAUCUACAGAAAUUCAACAAAAAGUUAACAAGAAGAUAAAUGAUAUCUAUUAGAAAGGGUAGUAUAACACAAAUUUAAACAAGAUUACACUACACAAAUGAAUAUAUUUUGGAAAAAUAAUGAAGUAGUUAGUUUGCUGGUUAAUCUUAAGUAUGAUGCUAUAUUAGUCUCAAAUGAAGUCUUAUAUUAGCUUCUAUUAAUUCUUUGUACAUUCCUCAUCCUUGACAAGUUACUUAUUUUAAGCUAAGUUAUGAAUAAACAGGUCCAUUUCAAUGAUUAAAGGAUAUCAACAGGGACUAGUAUUUUCUUAUAUGUUAUUUUCAAUCUCAUUUUUACACAAAAAUACAAAAAACUUCUGUUGCAAAUUUUCUGAAAUGAGUAACUUUUGCAUAGGUUGUUGAAAAGGGCCGAGAUCCAACACCAGGUGAGGUACAUUUGCACGUCCAUACACAUGAUCAUGAUGGAGAAUCUUUUGUUAAUGAGCGUGCCCGAGCUGUCCAUGAAAGAUAUCAAGAAAUAUUACGGGAAAAAUCACAGUCUCAGACUGAUAUUGAUCAAUGUGAAGCAUAUUACAAAGCUCCUGGGGGAACAAGGAAGAGAAGAAUAUAUGAGUCUUGGAUCUGAAGCACAAAGUUAUUAUGGGCCGAAUCUUAGCGUCAAUUCUGGCUUUAAUGCUUCAGCAUCAGCACCACCUUCAACGUCUCAAUCAGCACCGACAGAAAAUAUGGAGGAGUUAGUGAUGCGAUUGAUUCCUACACUGACUGAACGUUUGCUUCCUUUAUUUAUUGAAAAGGCACGCGGAGUGAUUUCUUCACCAUCACAUCAUCCAAAUACUCCUAUUGAAAAUCCAUCAGUUGUGACACCCAUAGUGCCUUCUACUACUGCUGCUAACGUUGACGAUGUUGAUCCUUUAGUUUCUGAUGAUGAUCGUAGUCCUUCACCCAUGCAUUAGUUUUUUAUGUUAUCUAUUUUUUUGUUGGAAAUAACAAAAUUAUGCACUAACAAUACUUGACGGAUGUGGGUUCUUUUGGUAGUUGAUAGCUUGGCCUUGUCGGUGUUUUGGACUUAACGAUGAGGAUUUCGAUAUCUAUUUUGAAUCUUUUUUGUAAA